GGUGGAACCGUAGCUGUACAGAAACUUUUCUUUCGGUUACAAAAACUAAAAAGUAUUUUUUAGUGGUUGCAUUUGGUUUUGAUAUUUUUUGCUUUCAAUUUUUUAAUUAAAAAUAUAUUCGUUACUGCCCUUCCCCUUUCCUCCUCUUGGGAUUCCGUUAGUUCCUUGCCCCUUGUGUGACCCACGUGCUGCUCGUCCCCACCCCCCACCGGCUGAGUCGAGCUGAUUCCUAGCGGGGAAAGCCCCUUAACCCGCUUCCCCUCGCCCCUUCUCCAGGAAACUCCUCCCAGGAAUACCGUGGAAACGUCAGUCUUCCUUUCCUUGGAGACAGGGUUCAAAGUUCAUUCCACUUUCCAUCUGGAGCUCACUUGUGCAGCCGCUGCAGAAGAAGAAACCCCUGAAUUUCGAGCCCUGAGUCGAGCCUGCUGAAGGCAACUUCAACAAAGAUCAUGGGAGAUCAAGAACUACCUGGAGUUUUGGUGUCCGGACUCAAAGGACCACGGGGUGUGUGUGAGGACCAUGUCGGGGAGCUGCGGAAGCACUUUAAUCUCAUUACCAUGCAAGAGUUUUUGGAAAACAAAACACAAUUUAGUCAAAAGAUACAAGCUGUAUAUAUCUGGGGAGGAAAUCCAGUUAUUGACCUGGAGCUUCUGCAGAGCCUACCCUCCUUGAGGAUUAUUGCCAAUGGAGGAGUCGGCUUAGACCACCUCAACUUGAAGCUCAUUGCCAGCUUUGGCGUGAAGGUGGCCAACACACCACACGCUGUUUCAAGCCCCACAGCAGAUUUGGGAAUGGCCUUAUUGCUGGCUUCGGCUCGGAGAGUAGUGGAAGGUUAUCAGUUGGCUAUUUCACCAGAUACAGAGAACUUCCCCAUAAAUUGGAUGGGUGAAGAAGUGACAGGGGCCGUGCUGGGAAUCGUUGGCAUGGGCACCAUUGGCUACAAGAUCGCCCAGAGGGCCAAAGCGUUUGAAAUGCAGAUUCUGUAUCACAACAGGAACCGCAGGAAAUUGGAGGAGGAAGCAGCUGUUGGGGCCGUGUACUGUGAGAAGCUGGAUGACCUGCUGCGGCAGUCGGACUUCGUGAUGCUGGCAGUGACGCUGACCCCCCAGACACAGAAGCUCAUUGGGAAGCAGGAGUUGAAGCUGAUGAAACCCACGGCCAUUCUCAUCAAUAUCGGCAGAGGUCUGUUAGUUGAUCAAGAUGCCCUGGGGGAGGCGCUUCAGGCCGGAAUCAUUAAAGCCGCAGCACUGGAUGUAACAUACCCAGAACCUCUGCCAAGAGAUCAUCCUUUGUUGAAGUUGAAGAACAUCAUUCUGACACCUCACAUUGGAAGUGCUACUCAUCAAGCCAGACGACAAAUGAUGGAAAAUUUGGUCAAAAGCAUUCUGGCAUCUCUCAAUGGCCUUCCCAUUCCUAAUGAAGUGCUUCUUAAAUAA